GCUCUCUCGCUCGCCAGUGGGUCUCUUCUCUUUCUUCCAGUUAAUUUCGCUGCCGCUGCUCCCAACUGAAUCAGAAUAACAGAUCCCAGAAGCGGCUCGCGGACGGCAGAAACGAAGAAAGGAAACCAGCCGACGAUCAAUCCCAUAGCUUGUUCCAAUUAGUGCUUCCCCAAUUGUGACGCGAGAAGCAGAGUUGCAGCGAUAACCAAGGGGAGAGAGAUGGUGACCAAAACGGAGGAGAGUCAAUUGAACAAGCUCGAGAACCAGGUCGAAAAUGGCGGGGGAGGCGCCUGGGAGUACCUUUGCCUGGCUAGGAAGCUCAAGGUCAGGCGUUCCGAUAAGGUGCUCAAGUACGGGCUGUCCAUCCUGAAUGACUCCCGAAAGCGAUCCAGUCUCGGUCCCGAUGAGUGGACCCUAUACGAACAAGUAGCUGUUGCAGCUAUGGACUGCCACGCUGUUGAUGUGGCAAAGGAUUGCAUAAGUGCAUUGCAGAAGAAGUUUCCAGAGAGCAAAAGAGUUGGCAGGUUGGAAGCAAUGUUACUUGAAGCAAAGGGAUCCUGGGAAGAUGCAGAGGCGGCUUACUCAAGCCUUCUGGAGGACAAUCCUUUUGAUCAAGUAAUCCACAAGAGAAGGGUUGCUAUAGCAAAGGCUCAGGGCAACAUUUCUGCAGCCAUUGAAUGGCUAAACAAAUAUCUGGAAAUAUUUAUGGCGGAUCAUGAUGCAUGGAGAGAACUUGCAGAGAUAUACGUUUCCCUACAAAUGUACAAGCAAGCUGCUUUCUGCUAUGAGGAACUGAUACUAUCUCAACCUACUGUUCCACUCUACCAUCUUGCCUAUGCUGACGUACUCUAUACACUCGGCGGACUAGAAAACCUUCAGACAGCAAAGAAAUACUACUCCUCCACCAUAGAUUUGUCUGGAGGCAAGAACAACAGGGCUCUCUUUGGCAUCUGCCUGUGUACCUCAGCCAUUUCACAACUGGCGAGAGGAAGGAACAGGGAAGACAAGGACAGUAGUUCAGAUCUGCCAUCUCUGGCCUCAGCUGCUCUCGAGAAAGAGUACAAGCUGCACGCUUCCGAUAAGCUCUCUGUCCUCACCUCAACUUUGAAAUGCUUGAGAGUGUCUUCGUAAUAACUCUUCAUGCCCAAAUCAUGUGAAAAGGGAAAGCACACAGACUGCUGAACCUUGGGAAAGUGUUUCGGAGAUUUGGCUUCGCAUUAUGGUUGAUCCGAAAUUUCACUUCUUCGUGGAUGAUUUCGACAUGAGAACAUAAACUGUAUGAUUCUUUAAGAGUUUGGUUUUGAUUGUUUAGGUAGCGAAAGAGUGUAGUCAGACACACAGAAGGAUAGCUUGAGAUGUCAGAUUAUUUCUAGUUUAAACUGGCUUCAAUUUGGCCUGAUUGUCCAUAAUGACUGAAAGAUCCAUCGUUGGUAGGGAUGGCAAUGGGGCGGGUUUGCCUAAACCAUCCCCAUCCCCGCUUUCAAAUAUCCAAACCCAUACCCGUCCCAUACCCAUGCGGGGAAGGAUUUGCAAACCCAUCCCCAUACCCGUGGGUUUUGGGUACCCAUGGGUAAUACCCGCCCCG